GCGUGACCUUCUAGUGACAACCAGACGUUGGACAUGAAGCAGAGUCACUUCACAAACCAGAAAAAUUCGGAAUAAGUGCUCAGUGCAUUUUGCACGGACCAACAGGAAUGGCAAACUCCAGCAGAACUUUUGCAGACAUUAGAUCUGUUGUAUUGUCUGCCCAUAGUAAUAAAUGUGAUGAAGGUUUCUACAACAAUUGGGCUGAAAACUAUGACCAGGAUUUAGAGAUAUUGGAUUACCAUGCCCCUUUGCUUGUUGCUGAGUGCCUGUCCAGUGCUUUUGAGGGAGAACGAGAGAAAGCAGUGGUUCUGGAUGUGGCCUGUGGCACAGGGCUGGCAUGCUCAUCGCUGCAGAAAAAAGGAUUUCAGUAUUUUGUGGGACUGGAUUCCAGUGCUAAAAUGCUUGAAGUGGCCAAGAGAAAAGGACUUUACCAGGAGCUGAAGCAGUGUCUCCUGGGACCCACAGCCUUGCCUAUCAAAGCUGGGACGUGUGAUGUUGUCAUCGCUGUUGGAGCCCUAAGUUGUACGCAUUUGCCAGUUACCAUCGUGAGAGAACUAUGGCAAGUUGCUAAGCCAGGUGGCUAUGUGUGUGUGACCACAAGGGGAAAUGAAAGCAACAAGGAGUACAAAAAUCACCUUGAGCGAAUUCUGAGCGAGAUGGAGAUGGAAGGGCUCUGGAACCGGAUUUCGGUUAUGGAGGUGGAACGCUGGGAGAAGGCAGUUUGUGACGCAGAAUCAGAGUACAUACCUGGAGCAGUGUACUUGUAUAGGAAGUCAGAGAAGUAACAUAAAACGGAAUGCAAAUGUUUGGGCACUGAUUUUUGCAAAUGCAUACAUAUUUGUGAAUGUGCAUUUUCCAUUUUGCACAAAUACCUAAUUGGCAUAUGAAAAGUAAUUGAAUUGAAAAAAAUUUCAAUAACCCAUUCUCAAUUCAAAAAAUAAGAUUAUUGACGGGUUUAAUCUCCAUUUGCGGCUCUCGUAAGAAAAUAUGUAUGCUGAAGAUUAAAUAAAAAAAGUUUUAACUUUUAUAUUAAA